GGAAACUAAAAAGCGGAAGUCACUUGCAGAAGAAGGUCCCUCAGGAUCCCUAGAAGAUAAAGUGUUGUUAGGAUUUGAAAAAUUAGAAAAUGCUCUAUUAAAAUUUGAUGAAAAGUUAAAUGCAGUAACACGUCAA